AUGGCGUGUUCUUGGAUCGUUUGGUUGGUAGCAUUAGCAGUGACGGCGGAGGCCACGCUAUACGACGAUGAUUACGACACCUACACGAAAGCGUAUGACUACAAAAACGCAGAGAGCCGUACUUGUACACAGUCAGAGUUCCGCUGCAAGACAGGAAGAUGUAUUCCGCUGUCCUGGCACUGCGACAAUGAAAAAGACUGUCCUGAUGGUUCAGACGAGGAGCCGGGCACUUGCAAGGUGAAGUCGUGCGGGCCAGAAGAAUUCACUUGCAGAGGAAGAGACGGCGAAUGUGUUCCACUCACUUGGAUGUGCGAUGACAAUGCGGACUGCUCUGAUGGAUCAGAUGAAAAAGCAUGCAAUGAAACAUGUCGUUCGGAUGAGUUUACUUGCGGCAAUGGUAAAUGCAUCCAGCUGAGAUGGGUGUGUGAUGGAGACGAUGACUGCGGGGAUGAUAGCGACGAAGUUAAAUGUCCUGCACCCACCUGCCAUCCACAAACACACUUCUCCUGUGGAAAUGGGCACUGCAUUUCAGCAUGGUGGCGCUGUGAUGGUACUGAAGACUGUCCUGAUGGAACUGAUGAAGUGGGUUGCACGGCUACACCAAAAGUACGAUCUCCAUGCAUAUCAUCAGAAUUUGAAUGCAAAGAUCGCAUGACCUGCGUCCAUAAAGCGUGGGUGUGUGAUGGCGACCGAGAUUGCCCUGAUGGAGGAGAUGAAGACCCUCAACUCUGCCGAGGCAACGUCACCUGUAGACUGGACCAGUUCCAGUGCAAAGACCACAGCUGUAUCCCCGGAGCCUUGUAUUGCAAUGGAGAUAAAGACUGCCCUGAUGGUAGCGACGAAUUAAAUUGCACUGUAUUGAAGACUGUAUGCGACAAGAAGACAGAAUUUGACUGUGGAGGUGGAAUGUGCAUCCCUCUGUCGAAGGUCUGCGACAAGCAUCCUGAUUGCCCGAACUUUGAGGACGAGCCUCGAGACAGGUGUGGGGAGAACGAAUGUGCGAAGAACAACGGAGGAUGCACACAACGAUGUGUUGACACCCCAGUCGGAUAUUACUGUGAUUGUGAUAAAGGAUACAAGCUUGUGGACAAUAGGACUUGUGAAGAUGUGGACGAGUGUUCAGAUCCUGGCGCAUGUUCUCAGAUGUGCAUCAACGAGAAAGGGACCUUCAAAUGUGAAUGUCAUGCUGGAUAUGCUCGAGACCCUCGCGACCGCACCAGGUGUAAGGCUACAGAAGGACAUCCAUCACUCUUAUUCGCUAGACGAUUUGAUAUCCGCAAAAUCAGCCUUGACCACCAUGAAAUGGUAGCUAUUGUCAAUGAUACCAAGUCAGCUACAGCGUUAGACUACGUGUUCAGAACUGGAAUGAUCUUUUGGAGUGACGUCACUGAUGAGAAGAUUUACAAGGCACCAAUCGACGAAGGUACACAGAGGACGGUGGUCAUCGGAGACCAGCUGAUCACUUCAGACGGGCUCGCUGUCGACUGGAUCUAUAACCAUCUGUACUGGACGGACACUGGAAAGAAUCACAUUGAGUUAUCAGACCUCCAAGGCAAUAUGAGGAAGAUCCUAAUCAGGGACCAGCUGGAAGAACCAAGAGCAAUUGCUUUGAACCCUCUUGAUGGGUGGAUGUAUUGGACAGACUGGGGUCAGGUACCUAAGAUCGAGCGUGCUGGUAUGGACGGCUCCCACAGGCAGACCAUCGUGUCGUAUGACGUCAAAUGGCCCAAUGGUCUCACACUGGAUCUUGUCCGCAAACGUGUUUAUUGGGUGGACGCAAAAAUGAACAUGAUUUCUUCGUGCAACUACGACGGUACCGGUCGCAGGGUGAUCCUGUACUCCACAGAUGUGUUACGUCAUCCAUUCUCAAUCACCACCUUCGAGGAUUGGGUCUACUGGACCGACUGGGACAAAGCUGCCGUCUACCGCGCCAACAAAUUCAACGGAAAAGACAUUGAGGCUAUCACCCCUACUCACAACCUCCAAAACCCCAUGGUGAUCCACGUGUACCACCCAUACCGUCAGCCCGAUGGUGUGAACCAUUGCGCUGCUGUCAAUGGUCACUGCUCCCAUCUUUGUCUCCCUGCACCGCGCAUCGCUGCCCACGCGCCACGCGUCUCUUGCGCAUGCCCCAACGGACUAAGACUGCUGCCUGACAACCAGAUGUGCGUCGAAGACAAUGCAAUAAAACCAGAUGUGGAGGUGCAUAAUAAACCGACCAUUGGUUCAAAUGAAACCAUAGUUAUCGAGGAAAAACCUGUAACCAGUGUCCCUGAAACACCUAAGACUGGAACAGGAAUCUCAAGCAGCGGCCGCGAUGCCGGCAUGGUGGCAGGCGUCGUUGUGGCAGUAAUCUCUGGAAUUAUCAUAUUGGGAGCACUGAUCGCAGUGGUUAUGUACAGACAUUUCGUACACCGUAAUGUUACAUCUAUGAACUUCGACAACCCGGUGUACCGCAAGACUACGGAGGACCAAUUUGCGCUGGAGAAGAAUGGAUACGCACCGGGCAGCAAGCUGUACCCCAGUACCGUGGGCGAAGAGGCCCAAGAACCUCUCAACAAACCGGGUACAAAUGACUUUGUAUAG